GUUUUACAGUUAGUUAAGAAUACAUCAGAUGGUAGUAAACUAGAUGUUAUUAUACAAGGUAAAAAGAAAUAUACAUAUCAGUUUGACAGUGCUCAUACUAGAGAGAUGUUCUGUUUACAAAUCCGUCAGAUGAAAAGUAUGCAUUCCACAGAGAAAGAUGUUGAUCAGAUUUCAGUUUUUAUUGGUACUUGGAAUAUGGGUGAGUAG